AUGCCGAUUGUAGAGUUAGCUGAUCCAAUAUGCCCAGUUUGUGAAUUCCCUUCUAAUGUGGAACUCCACUUCGGUGGCCUAGUCUGCGGAGCAUGUGCUGCAUUCUUCCGGAGAACAGUUUCACUGAAUAUUCGAUACUUAUGUGAAAAGAACAAUCAAUGCAAGGGAAUGAGAAAGAAUUGCAGAGCUUGUAGAUUUGAUUAUUGUGUGAAAAUUGCUGGAAUGAAAAGAAAUUUAGUAAAACAGAGAAGAAACUCAACUAAUACCCCAAUGUACAUAUUGAACAGAAGAAAAGAUUCCGGAAAUGAAGAAGUCGUCAGAGGUAUGUUAAAACGUAUGUACCUUCAAUUCAGCAGUUUCUCAGGUUUCGUAACAACAACCCAAUCUAAAUGGGCUCAUCACUCGAGGAAGUCAUCUAUGAGUCCUAACAAAGAAGCUGAAAAAGAUGUUAGCAAGAUAUUGAAAAUUAGUCAUGGAAGUCUUUUAAAGUAUUACAUAUAUCAAAUCACACAUGACAAGCGGAAUAAUAUGAAUACAUUGAAUAUAAAGUCAGUGGAAGAGUUUUUGGAGAUAACAAGUGUUCAGAAUAAGCUAGCAGCUGAAUUAUGCAAAACUUGUCCUGGAGUCGAUUUACUUGAUAAUGAGGAUAUUUUGAUUCUUCGGAAGUAUUUUCAAUUUUCAAAUGUUUGGAUUGAAUCAACGUGGAAUUAUUUGAGGGAAAAUAAUUCGGUUCCAAUUGAUGACUCGGAACUUGACUUAAAACUGCUGAAAUUCAUAAACCAAGUGAAAUCAACGCUUCUUGUCUCAUUUUCCCAGUUGAAAUUCAAUACUAUCGAGUUCGCAGCAUUCAAAUCAAUUUGCAUCUGGAAAUUGGUGUACCAUGAGACCAGCCGAGCCAUGAAGAUUAUUGCACAGGAACAUUAUGAAAGUGUUAUGAAGGCAUUAAACGAUUAUUAUCAGACUUACACAUCUAUGGAUUCUAUGCAAAUUGCUACUAGAAUUGGUGAAAUUACGUUACUUAUUAUUUCAGUUUUUCAAAUGUACCAUGACAUGGCAAAACUAUAUAUACAAUUGGGACUUCCAUUUUAGACUCAUUGUAAUUUUUCUACAUAGUUCUCAAUAAAUCUAUCAUAUGAAUCAA